AUGAGUCUAAAGAAGCGGUGGGCGCACUCGAGUGUAGCCAUCAUGUCGAGGAAGAACAACCGCCACAAGAUUAAGGCCCAGUAUGAGCUGGAGGUCGAGCGGGAGAAACAGCGCAAGGAGAAGCUCCUGAAGAAGCGCGAGCGGAAAGCGAGUGCGUUGAAGAGCAAAGGAGAGACUGUCGUGAAGAAAGUGUCGAACAAAGUGCUGAGGAGGAUGCGGAUCCGACAGAUGGAGCAGGAGGCGCGUGGAGAGAUGGAGGUUGACGACGAGACGGACGCGAAGAAGAAGCAGAAGAAGCGGAAGGCCGAUGAGAUGGAGACGGAGGAAUAG